UCAACUUUAUUGAUACACAAAUUAUAUCUAUCUAUCUAUCUCAUUAUCCUUCCUCUAUAUAAUUUACCUAAUUUGGAUUCAAACAACCUUAAUUAUCUCUCUUUAAUGGCAAUGUUUCCAUUGCUGGUUCUAAAUCUCCGACCUUAAUUUAUUUAUUUAUUAAUUAAAAAAAGGUGAAUUAAUUAACCAGCAAUGGAAGAGCCACAAUCAUCAUCACCACCACCAGCACCAGCUCCACCCACAACUCCUUUAUCCCUGGUAAAGCCUUCCUCGAAAAACGAUAAAAAACGUCCCGUAAAAAUCUUUAGAGCCUUUCGUAAUGUGUUGCGAUCCUUCCCUAUUAUUACACCCGUAUGUAAACUCCCUUCCCUCCCCGGUGGCCGGAUACCCGAAACUAAAGUGGGUGUAUCCGGCACGUUGUUUGGGUAUAGAAAAGGCCGUGUUAGCCUUUCUAUUCAGGAAAAUCCAGGAACCCUGCCUACGCUGGUAAUUGACCUAGCCAUGCAAACGAACACGUUGCAGAAGGAAAUGAGCCUUGGGAUGGUUCGUAUCGCGUUGGAAUGCGAAAAAAGACCUGAUAAUAAGGAGAAAAUGAAACUUCUAGAUGAGCCAUGUUGGACUAUGUUUGUAAAUGGUAAAAAAUGUGGUUAUUGUUCAAAGAGAGAUGCCACGGAAGAAGACCUCCAUCUUAUGGAGGUACUUAAGGCGGUGUCGAUGGGGGCAGGCGUCCUGCCCCCAAAGACCGAUGUACAAGGACAAGUGGACGAUGAAAUGGCCUAUAUGAGGGCACAUUUUGAACGAGUGGUCGGAUCAAAAGACUCAGAAACCUUAUAUAUGUUGAGCCCAGAUGGAAAAAGUGAACCUGAAUUGAGUAUUUUCUUUGUGAGGAUAUGAAUAUAUAUAUAUACAAUCAUUGUAAAAUGUUUUUGUUAGUUUUGUAGAUAUAUUAAUUUGUAUCUUUGUAGGUGGGGGAAUUGUUGAACAAUUUGGUGUACAGAGUUAAAAAAACAUUCAAAGGUUCUUAGGAUUAUCUAAUUUUAGAUUUUUAUUUUUUUACACAAUUUUCAUGUUUUGCUUUGUUGAUCAAUACUUAUUCAUUUUAGGUUUGAUUAA